AUGCCGAUCUGCCGGAAAACGAUAUACCUCCCCGACGAGGUCAUAGAGGAGGCAGGCCGCCCCCAAAACGGGCCGUAUAACCCACACAUCAUGGGUUCCUAUCCGCAGUACGCAAUGAACGACCCAAGCAUCGCCCUCCAAGUUCAGGGUCCAUACUCCCCGCCUCGUCAACAGUUUCCAAUGCUGGCUAGUCAGCGUGUCCGUCAGGAAGCAGGGCUAGGCCACGCGUGGGACAGAUACAAUAUCAAAAAGGUGUCCAAUGCCAAGGCUACUGCAGAUGAGGCGAUAUACUACACCGGACAUGAAGAUGUUUCGAUGAAUCACCAAGAGGCGGCCGGACAUGAAGGUGAUUCAGUGAAUCAUCAAGAAGCGGGCGGAUGUCCCGCCGGACAACAUGCACUGUCUAUGAGUGACCAGGAGUUGGGCGGGUCGUACGUCUCACAGGACAAUCAUGGUAUGAAUCAGCAACACAUGGGCGCUCCCUACGGUGGAGAAGAAACUUCGUCUAUGGAUCAGCAGAACAUGGGUGGGUUUCACGCCGAUCCAUGCACUCAGUCCGUGAAUGAUAAGGACAUGAGCGACUUGCACAAUACUCCCCCGCGUGAGCUAGAUCAUGUCCUUGGUACGGUCAUGGGGGUAGAAGAGAGCAAUCACCAAGCUGAGAUGAAUCCAAAUUCUGGACCCUCCGUUGCUCAAGACACCACUCGUAAGGGCAGGGCCACCCGGCAGGAACUCCGCCCUAUGCCCGGCGCCAAUGACCAGCUAAACGGCAAACUUGAUGAUAACGCGUCUGCCACCACGUCGAACAACGAACACGAGGACAACGGCCAGAGCGACGGUGGUCACACUCGUGGUGACGGCGGCGGCCUCUCGGAUGCGCCAGCAGCUCAAGCUACCGCAGCCGCCACGCCGGCGUCCUACAGCAUCCAGAACCCCGAUCACAAGUGGUUGAAUAAACCAACUGGAGCGACGAGGGGGCAAGAUUCCAAGGGAAAGAAACCAUACGACCCGCGGCUGAGAGAAUUGCAAAAGAAUGAGGAUGGUCUCUACUUCUCGUGCCUGGACGAAGCUAUGAGCGUGUACACGAGUGAGGCACGCUGGACCCCGCCGCUUCUCACAUCACCACCAACCCGCACCGAGAAAGUCCAGCUAGUCAAGCGCCUUACAGCUGCUAUAAUGAAUAUGGAGGGAAUCGCAGACAACAGCAAUCAUAAGUUCCAAAAGUGGGAGAGGAUGGUCUACGACCCCAUUGCCAUGGAACAUGUAGCCCACCGACUCGUGACGAGGUUACUUAGUUUACAUCUCCCAGGCCCAGAGCAAGGAUGGCGUGCCCCUAUUCUAGAUCCCACGGACCUAGCUCCAUCCAGGUAUGAAGAAAACCUGAAUUUCCAGCAGCGGUUCGACGCGAUCGAAGACCUCUUAUGGCAUCGCAAGGCGGCUUGUGGCUCGCUCUUGGACGGAAGUCUGUACGACGCGACAAUUGCUAGCCCGAAUCUGCGUUGGAAUUCUUAUCUCAUGAAUCAGCAUGCCAACAAGAAUAAGAAGGUCCAAAUCGAGAAGGGACGAGAAGCGAUGGGCAUGAAGAAAGGCAAGAAGCGCCGUGCUUCUGAGACGGAAACUGAUGAGGAAGAAGAGGGUGGCGAUGCCACUCCUGCCGAACGCCCCGUCAAACUUCGUUGCCUCAACCCGCGUUCUGUUCGACCCACUACCCAGAGCACCCAAGUGACUCUCCCUGGCGAGGACCAUGCGGAGGGAACCGAAGAGCAUGACGCGGAUCAGCAGAAAAAAUAUGCCCCGCUUAUUGUGGCUCUCGCUGCGAAUAACGCUGAGUCUGCCACCCCGAACGCGGAGGGAACCAGACUUACCCGUAGUCGCACCAGCGGACUCAACAAGGGUACCCCAAAGAAUGCCGAGAAGGGAGGUCGAAAUCGUAAAAGUGGAAAAAGUGGCGCCUAA